AUUUGUUAAUUUUAUUGCUGUUUACAUAUAUUGCUGAUGCUAACUGGAGAUUUUUUACGCUUUAUUCAUCAGUCAAUAUCACAGUUAGACCAUGUAGUCAUAGAACUUGCUAUGCUUAAUAAAAUGCAACAAAAAAAGGACAUACAAGUUGUAUAUUGGUCAUACUUACUGGAAGUUAGUAGCAUUGAAUUAAUCAGGAAUUUAAUAUAACUAAGUGUAGACUCUGUGGUCCGAGUACAGUAUGCUUAAAAAAAUGCAACAGAAAGGGACAAUACUUUGUUUUGUUUUACUCACGGUUGGAUUAUAUGUAAUACUCAGCAGAUAUGUUUGGGUGAUUAACAGCGAUACCCACAAAAUGAAGAUGUAUCAAAUGGAUGAAAGAGAUAGGAUUGUACAGUUGAAAUAUCAAAGUGAAUCUAUUGUACAGUUGAAAUAUCAAAGUGAAUCUACCGGCAAAGUGACUGUUCAACCCAUUGGCAAACAUAGUGGCAAACUUACUGGCAAACCAAAAGGGGUUUACUUUCUGAAAGUGCAUAAAUGCGGAAGUACAACCCUACAGACUAUUCUGUUGCGUUAUGGACUUCUCUACAACAUGACCAUAGGCAUGCCAUGUUCGCAUCCACAAAGUGUACGACAAAUCAUGGGAAUUCCCGAACCUUUGAAAUCUGAACAUAUAAUGCCAUUAUCGACAGGUUUAACACACUAUGACCUGAUUGCACAACAUACUCGAUACAGUAUAGACGUUAAGCAAAUUAUGAUGCCUGGUACCCCAUUUGUGGCCAUACUUCGUGACCCGAUUACACACUUUAAGUCUUUGUUCAGCUUUUUCAAAGUAUACAUAACUUAUAGGAAACAUAUUUCACUUCCGAAUAACGCAACUGUUCGAGAAAAGUUUAAAUAUUUCGUGGAUAGGAUAAAAGACAUGCCAGAGUUGACUAUCUCUCCUCCAGAUGGUUUACCUGCGAGGAAUCCACAAUUGUAUACUUUUGGAUUGACUGACCACCAGACUAAAAAUCUUGACUUCGUUCAAGAUUCAUUAAAACAGUUCGAAUCUGACUUUGAUUUAGUGAUGCUUGUCGAACAUUUUGACGAGAGUUUAGUUUUGUUACGGAAUAUUCUUAACUGUGAUUUGCGUGAUUUGAUUUCACUUAAAUCAUCUUAUGUUUCUCCUGAUAAAGGAGCUACUAAGCUAACAACAAAACAAAAACAAAAUAUAUUAGAAUGGAACGCUGGAGAUAAAAUACUGUAUGAUCAUUUUAACAAAACAUUUUGGAAGAAAGUCGAACAAUAUGGUUUUGAUAGGAUGUCUGAAGAUGUCGCCAAACUACAAGAACUGGCUAGGAUUGAAAAAGAAUCCUGCCAUGCUAUUGGCAAAAUUAUUGGGGCAUUUGAAGUGGGGCUGGAAACACAGCGAUGUAAACUUUAUAAUGCAGAUAUAUGGAACCUUGAGCGUUUUGUCAGAUCAAGAAUGACAAAAAGUGGUAUUUAUAAUGUAUCAUUGGCUCAAAGGACCUGUAAACAUCCACCAACACUGGAUGGUCAAUGAACACUUGAUGAUUAAUGAACACUGGAUUGUCAAUGAACACUGGAUGAUCAAUGAACACAGGAUAAUCAAUGAACACUGGAAGGUCAGUGAACAUUGGAUGGUCAAUGAACACUGGAUUGUCAAUGAACACUGGAUGAUCAAUGAACACUGGAUCGUCAAUAAACACUGGAUGAUCAAUGAACACUAGAUUGUCAAUGAACACUGGAUGAUCAAUAAACACUGGAUCGGAAUGAACACUGGAUUGGAAUGAACACUGGAAGGUCAAUGAACACUAGAUAAUAAAUGAACACUGGAAGGUCAAUGAACACUA